UGCCUCCUCAUCUCUACCCACUGAGCUCCUGCUCACCAAUCCUCCAGGUGACCCUCAGCCAUGAAGACACUUGUCCUCCUCUCUGCUGUUGUCCUGCUGGCCUUCCUGGCCCAGGCUGAUCCUCUGCCAGCACCAACUGAGGAGACUAAAACUGAGGAGCAGCCAGGGGUAGAGGACCAGGAUGUGUCCAUCUCCUUUGGAGGCCCAGCAGGGCUUUCUCUUCAGGAUGCAGGCUCAGGAAAGUUCUUGACAUGCUACUGCAGAAAAUCCUGCAAAUUUUUUGAACGUGUCAACGGAAUCUGCUCCAAAGGUCCAAAACGCCGCAUUUUCUGCUGCAGCUGAGCAUGGAGACCAGAGACAAGAUGACCAUGUAUUCUGAAACCUCAUGACCUCUCAUUACCCUUAUACUGAGCCUCAAUUGUUUUUCCUUCUCCAAUAAAUUUCUUGCAGAAAAAAAAAUA